AUGACUGCUCCUGUUGAACUAAGCUUUGUUGAACUUCCAGUUCGGAAGAGGAGGCCACUGGUCAAGAAGAUCAAUGUGUGGUAUCCUGUGAUAUAUCCAAGUACUUGGGCUGCCUACCUUUUGAAAGAGUUCAGCUUUCUUCUGCUGGGUGGACUGGACUUGCGGCAGACGACACAAUGGCAGCAGCUGUUGUCUGACUUUUGGGACAAACACAUUUUGUAUGAUCCUGAGCAUGUCAUGAACGGACCAGGGGCACCUGUCCCUUCACACACGAUCCCGAUCUACGUUCAUGGUGACGAAGGUCGUGGCAAGUACAAACUACCAAUCAUGGUGGAAGGGUGGCAGCCCUAUAUUUCUUUCAAGGGCCCUGGCUUCAAGAAUAGCAGUGGGCAUUCCUACUGCACUCGCUUUCUGUAUGCUGUGCUGCCAGCAGAACUUUACUGGGGCGACUCCACCCUCCACAAAUUGAACGAAGCCUUUGCCAAGGUUUCAACCCCGGCCGGGCCCAUCAAGCUGCACUUUGCAAUGGUGGGGAUCAAAGGCGACUGGGUCUACUUGAGGAAGGAGUGGUAUGAUUUCUCCGACAGUGCACCCUGGCGCUUCGAUGAGAGCGCGGCCCCUUUCCGCGAUGAUACUUCUUCUCCAAUGUGGUCCAUACCUGGGAUGACGAAUCCAAUCAGAGCUCUUGUGGACCCUGCCCACACAUGGCAUAUUGGGUGGCUUGGUCUAGCGGUCUAUUGGGCUCAGUCUUACAUGUGCAUGCAAGCAUGUAUUCUAGCUAAGUGUGGGGCGAGACUUUGUGGUCUCGGGCUUGGUUCUGCUUUGCAAGAUGAAUCUUAUUCGUGGAAGAGGUUUGCAAAGCCGCUUGACGAGAGCCUAUGGCCACUAUGCUGCUUGGUGCCAUGA